AUGUCGAGAUAUUUAGAGUUUAGUCGCGGUAAAAAAAGAACUACGCCACCGGGAAUGCAUGGUGCCAAAAAAAAACGCCGAAAAUCCUCCUAUGGAUUAAAAUUGCAAGAAAAACAAAAAAUUAUGUAUGGUUAUGCGAGAGCUGAGGCAGGCAAUACUGGCACUAAUCUCCUAAUAAAUUCGGAAUCACGCCUUGAUAAUGUGGUUCUUCGGUCGGGAUUAGCCAAUACGCUUGGCUUUGCUCGCCAAUUAGAAGUAGAUUUAAGUUAUUUUGUGCAUUUAAUUAACUUAUCAAUUGAUGGAAGAUUUUUAAAAUCUCGAAUAACUGUACUAAAUUUGGGUGAUAAGUCAAAAUUAACUUUUCUUAAUCUUCCAAAUAAUAAACUAACCGACCUUGAUUUAAGUCAGUGUAACAGUUUAAAUGAAAUUAAUUUAGACAAUAAUAAAUUCACUAGUUUAGCCUUCUUGUAUACAUUACCUCAUCCAAAAAAUCUAACUAGAUUAGAACUUGCCAAUAACGAUAUCAAUAUUAAGGCAGUCGAUUUAGAGUUGUUGUCUUCGUUGAAGAGUUCUGUGUAUUCGGAUAUUUCAAACAAUUUUAAAUCUCAAAUUGAA